ACCAACGAGCAAUGUUUCUUGAUAGCUCAGGUCACAGUAUGUAGUGUAACACCUAGAACCUUUUAUGCCCCAUUUUAAGCGUCUUUUGUCUUUUCAGGAAGGUAGAAGUUACUCAGACAUAAAUGAAUUAACUGGGCGUUCAUUAGUAGAGUGAUUUAGUGUCGUGAACGAUAGUCGAUAGAUGCACUUGGGGGCGGUACGACCAUUUUCCGUUGAAGAAGAAGAAGAAGAAGAAGAAGAAGAAGAAGAAGAAGAAGAAGAAGAAGAAGAAGAAGAAGAAGGUGUCAAAUGCCAAAUUCCUAAUAUGAGGGUAACACUGGUGUUAGCUAGCGUUGCUCGCUGAAAAGUUGUUGUAUUUUCUAGUAUGUAAAAUAUUAUAAGCGAAACACUUCUUUAUGGAACGGGAGAAGAUUGUGAGUGUCAGUUUCAGCCCAUAUAGCAGUCUUUACCGAUUUAGAAUAAGUAUUUUUUUUUUUCACCCGUGGAAGAGCUACUAGGGUUCAUCUAAAAGGAGCUCACACAAGAUGUCAGUGCAGUGUCCCCUGUCACCACCACCACCACCACCAGCAGCAGCAGCUCCUCCUCCUCCUCCUCCUCCUCCUCCUGCCCCAGGGCUACCACCUCCAACUGUCUCAACACAGAAGAAGAAGCUGUAUCAGACUAUAGCCAGCAGCAGGAGUCCUGUAGAGGGGAACCACACAGAGGCCCGUUUACUUCUCAGUCAGAGGGAGAGCAGUUUUAGGAAGGACCUGCAGUGGAUCCUGGUGAACAACUAUGUGCCUUCUCUAAUCCAAGAUGGCCCACAGUGUGGCCUGGUGGCUUUGUGGAUGUCUGCUCACCUUCGACAGCCACAGCUGAGUCUUGACAUGGAAACUGUUGUUCAGACGGCACUCAGCAGAGGAUACACGGCACAGGGGGAAAUGUUUUCAGCUGACAACAUGGCCCUGUUGGCAGAGGAGGUUUGUGGCUGUAAGGCUGAGCUGCUGUCAGGAGGCUUAAGUGGUGAAAAUGCUGCAACCAUCAUCACACACCUGUGGGGGAGACAGCCUGUUCUCAUCCCAUAUGAUGAGGACUUCAACCAUGAGCCAUGCCAGCGCAGCGGCCACAGGGCACACUGGGCAGUCGCUUCAGGUGUUCUCCUCGGUUUGGACCAAGGAAGCGUGAACAACGACCACACUCAACCUGACAUCACUCUGCCCUGGCUCUCUCUUGCCACUGACAGCAGCUGUCCCUGUCCCGUCAGUAGCUCAGCAGUCAAAGAGGUUUUCAUCCUGGCAAAGCAGGGUAAAAGUCUGCGCUACCAGCUGUGGAGUUUGGACAGCGUGGCUCAGAGUAACGAGCAGCUGAGGACGAUGGACCCUCAGAGAGCUAACGACGGGACCCGGUAUGUGGUUCCUGAAGGAGGGGUGGAGGCUGGGCUGGCUGGGCAGGCAGUGCUGCUCCACACAAGGACGCAGAAUCAGGAAUGAGGGGGAUACGUCAAUCAGUUGUGUGGGGAAAGAUAGAUACAGGGUGCAGCAUCUAAGACUCAGAAAACACUGUGGAGUGAACUCUUAUGACUGAUAGCACAGUUUUACCCAUUUAAACUCAGGAUUUUUACAGAUGUGGGUUUUAAAAUAAUGUGAUAUUUGUGUGAUUUGCAAAUGCUUUCGAAUAAAACAAAAAGUGCCUUGAAAAGGGGCUUCAAAGUGUUCACAUAACAGCAUGUCACGCCAAAGCUGUGUGUGCUUAAGUUCUUAAGUUAGGUCAUUAUGGAGCCAGUUAGGGGUAAAUGAUGUGAAAAUGUGAGAUUAUGUAAUUUAGGGUCAUAUCUCAAAUUUAGUUUCACUGACAAAUCUGUCAUUAAUUUUCUCGAUCAACCAGUAAGUUAUUUGGUCGAUAAAACUACAGAGAGUUUUGAGAAAUGUUGAUCAGUGUUCUCCCAAGCCCAAGAUGACAUCAUCAGAUGUUUUGUUCUGUCCAAAAACCCAAAUAUAUUCAUUUUACUGUCAUAGGAAUUUCCAGAAAAUACAGUUUUAUCAGUGUACAGAGAAAAAGAAAUUAUAAAUGAAAGAAUUAUAAUUUGUCCUGCGUCUUUGCAGUGUGAUGAUGCCUCGUCACCUUUUGGUGCUAAGAUACGACUGAAUGUUACAUAUUUAUUCAAUAAAUUAUUUUUGUUUACUUGA